UAGUAAAAACCUACAAGUCCCAGGGUGCACUUCUGGCUGCCAGGUGUGUCACGUGACGGACGCCCGGCGCAUGUAAGCGCCGCUCGGGCUGUUUACAAACAUCUCGCUGCUGCUGCUGCUGCUGCGUUUACACGAGAAGCAGGAGGAUGGAGAUCGAAAACUCUCAGCCCUAUGUCCUCGGAGACAUCGGCUGGUGGUCGGAGAGGUCCGAUGUGCACAAGGCGGCCUCUCAGGGUCAGGUGUCCCAGCUGCAGCGCCUCAUUCAGAGCGGAGCCUCGGUCAACAUCGUGGCACUGGACUCCAUCACGCCGCUGCACGAGGCCUGUCUCCGGGGACAGACCCAGUGUGUCCAGCUGCUGCUGGAUGCUGGAGCGCAGGUGGAUGCGAGGAAUGUAGAUGGCAGCACCCCUCUGUGUGACGCCUGUUCAGCUGGGAGUUUGGAUUGCGUCAGUCUCUUGCUGGAGCGUGGUGCCACGACCAACCCCGCUCUCACCUCUCGCACGGCCUCACCUCUCAACGAGGCCUGCGUGGGAGGUAACUCGGACUGUGUGAAGCUCCUGAUCGCCGGGGGUGCUUGUCUGGAGUCGUACGACCUUUACUGCGGGACCCCGCUGCAUGUGGCUUGUGUUAACAAACACACAGAUUGUGUUAAAGUGCUGCUUAAUGCAGGUGCUAAAGUGAAUGCUGCCAGGCUACAUGAAACUCCGCUGCACCACGCUGCUAAAAACAUGCGGGUGGAGAUGAUACAGACUCUGGUGGAGUUCGGGGCCAACAUCUACGCCAGAGACCAGCACGACAAGAAACCAGUGGACUACACCACACCAGGCUCUCCCUCUGCAGCCUACUUAAAGUUAUAUGAGACCACUCCCAUGAGUCUGCAGGAGCUCGGCAGGUUGGCGGUGAGGAGGACGCUAGGCACCAAAGCUCUGAAGGUCGCAGGUCAGCUGGACAUACCGAAACUUAUGAUCAGCUACAUCUGCUAUGAGUGAGAGCCACUGGGAGGAAGAGUCGGAUCCAAGCUCAAAAGAAAGGCUGGAAUUUCACAGAGCUGCCGCAGCAUUCUCACAAAUAACAUAGGUUAGUGUCAAUCACAAUGUUGUCACUAGAUUUCUUCUCAAAACUUGAAUCGAAAUUUUACAAACUGCAGUCGAGACAGAGGAAAGUAUCUCGGCUUCUGUGGUGGAAAUUCAAUUUAUGUGCUGUAUUUGCCCAAAUUAAUUCAUUGUGUUUACAUGCAAACUAACAAAUUGAUCACGCAGAAACUGUUAGCUGUUUUUAGAGUGUAUAGUUUUCACUUACCUGAACUGGAAAACUUACCCCAACGCUGCAGAAUAUUCAAUUCAAAUCAGUGAUUAUCAUUUGUGUUAUAUAUUUGUUUAUGUUAUUUUAAAAAGUGAGGCAACAUUUAGAUUAUCUCUAUAUUAGUAUUAUUUCUAUAACCCACCAAAAUACAUUGUGUGUUUCCUCGAGCUCUUACAAAUGUGCUGGACACAUUUCUCUCCUCAUAUAACAUUUGUAAAGCCACAUCGCUUCCUUAAAUCAAUUUUCAUUAGGUAGCUUCCUGUUUCCUGCUCUGCCUGCAGAGGUGGAAAACUCUAUGAUAGGGGUGGUACCUUCAGGUAAUAGACAGUUUCACUGCAGCUAAUGACAAGACAGCUCGCAAUUGCUGCUUAUCAUAGUUCUGCAGCAAGCUUUGCAGACCUAAAGAAUGAAAUCCAGUGAAGGCUGCCUCGGCCUACAGUAAGAGGAGUUCACAAAAAGAUCAUAUAAUCAUAUAAUAUUUUAAUAUAUAGAGAUAUUAAAGGUUUACAAAGUUUAGGAGCAACUGCAGUAACAUAUAGUUGGGCUAGGGGCUGUUUCUUUGCUUUUUUUUUAUUCCUUGGACUGUGCCAUAGUCGAGGAUAACUGAUGUGUGGCAUGUUGGACAUCCAAGAACAUCCUGACAAAAAUACUAGCAUGUGCUGAUAUGUUCUGUGACACUGACACACAGGAGCACAAGGUACUCCUCUGCACAUCCGUACACAUGGAGAAGUAGAAGAAGUUUUGUGCCACAUACGACCACCUAUUCUUACACAGCGACCAUCGUGAGAGGCAGAAAUAGUGUUGGCUGGUGCCGAAAUUUAUAGGACUGGGUUCUGGGUUCUGGUUGGCUGCAUUAACAGAAAGAUCAAAGACUAAAGAAAUGCAAGUGUUUCAUACAAAAAAGUGUUUCAUAUAAACACUAUGAUCACAGUCACACCAUUGCCUGAUCUGUUAUUGGAAGUCAGCGCUUUAUAGUGUGUGUGUAGACAAACUAGUUAGAUAUGGACAUUUAUAGUGACCGUACAACUGGAAAUGACUCCUCAUCAGCAGCGUCCCUUUAUUGAUCUCUUACCACUGCUCCUUAGUUUCCUUUACUGCCUGGGUAAAGGAAACAAAGGGGUAUUGUUUCCAAUAGAGCUGCCAACAUGUAAUAUUAUUUAAAUAUUUCAGCUAUUAAAGUCUUAAAUAUUUAUUUAUUAAUGUUUGACAUUUGUAUUAAUUUAAACAAAGAAUAGAACAAGACAAAAACAAGCAUCUAAUUUUAGAGAUGACUGUAGAUGGGUAUUUAUUUAACUAGAGAACAAGUGGCUGAGGUCAGGGAGAGGAAUCAGGAGAGACUAACAGAGGAUUAAAGGUGGGGAAGGUGAGGAAUUGUUGAACUAAAGACCAAAACAAAUAGACUCCUUCCUUCAGUGCUCCUUCAGAAGCUCCACCUCCCACACUCGUGCACGCGCAUUGCCAAGGUGCACCACUGAUCUCAAGUCGUAGCAUCUCCAGUGUCUAACAGUACAGUCUUAAGCAGCAGUUUUCUGAGGCUACUUAUUUAGCGUGUACUCUCAUCCUUCGAUAGUAGAAGGCGGAGGAACGAUCACAUUAUCUUGUUUGGGAUGUGAUCACAGAAAGCCAACAGGAACAGUGUUGUGGUGUUUGGGUCGUCCAGCUUUCAAAGCCAGGCCUCUGUAUUUAAACCUGAUUUCUUUCUGCGCUUACACAGAACGUCUAGCCGGCAGACCAUGAGGAGAUAUUAGCAGAAUUUGAUAAAAAAGUGUGUUGGAUUAAAAUCACCUCCCCUACAAUUUAUUAUUAUAAACAUUCGCAUUUAGACCCUAUUGUCACGUCCUUAUCUCCAUGGGUGGUCAUUCCAUAAGCUGCACAUGGAGGUCCCCAUACUGGAGAAUAGCUACUUUGUGCUGAGGGGGUGACGAGCGAUGCUGUAGAUCUCGAUGGAUUAGAUAUACAUGAUUCAUGAUGAGAUCAGUGGAAGAGUCCAUCAAGCCUGGAUUAUUCCGGGAAAAUUGCAAGCAACUCACUACACUCCCUCGUGUACUGUAAAUACUGAGUAGCACUUAAAAUAUCAAAAAGCCGACAUGUGUGUCAGCAUUCCCUGAGUAACUAAAAGUUUAAAAAAAUGAAAACAUUGAAUAUGUAGAGGAAUACCACUCGGGCCGAAGUUCUCCAGAUGCUGCUUGGCUUCAUCUCACAUUCCUGUAAGUGAAGCCCCGAGCAUGGAGACAGCCAGUGUUUGAUACAGACACUGUAGUUUCAAGCAGGCGGUAUCCUGGAUGCCUAUUUAUAGCUUUGUGUCUGAUGCUCCAUUAAAUCUGCUUAUACUGCAGAGAGAGCUUAGUCAGGUCCUGGUAUUUGUAGAAGGAGGUGCAGGAAGUCGUUUACAGUACGAGUGGCUCAGAGUGCUUAAGGCUGAUUCAUCGGCUCUUCUCUAUGUUGACAUGCCCCGUUUCAGAGUUUCAUAACUUUAGUCUAACCAUGGAUUGAAUCAGGACAAACACUCACACGCUGAAUAGUUUGACAGCAGAACACUGGAAGAUAUGUGAAGGAUACUGGGCAGCACAUUAGAAGAUACAUUUUGUUCCUGGGUUCAGGUGUGACCUCUGUCUCUGUUUCUCUUCAGACCAAACAGUCAAUCAAUCUGUGGGACCACGUCCCUUUUAGCCUGGUGAUCUUAAACAACAAUUCCUCAUUCCGUCUUUACAGUGAACUUUCCCAAUAAUGUGAAAAACAAUUCUGUCCCAUUAACCUCAGUCACAAAGCGGUUUUGCUGCAGCGAGGAGCUAACCGAAGCUAUUGUCUUACUCUGUACAUGUCACGUUGUUGUUGGCAGGUACAGACGCCUCUCCACACACAGGAAGUGAGGAGAUCCACUGUAAAUCCAUAGAGAUACUGUGUGAUUGUUUGAGGGCAUUAUCCCUUGAUAUGACAGUAAAUGUGGGAUGAGAGCUCAUGAUCAGCAUCUUAAACCUUAAACCUUGAUUUUCAUUGUCAACUGAAAUCAUUGGGAAAUAUUGUCCCAGCUAAUCAUAUUGUGCACUUUCAUAGUGCUGCUGUUAUGCAGUAAAUGUGGUGAAAUAUGCAAAGACACUGUUAUAAUAGUCUUUCCAAAGCAAGCAGCAGUGAGCGAGGGAUGUUUCUACAGAAAGCUGGACUCUCAACAUUGUCUUUCCUCUCUUGCCCCUUCUUGCUUUCCAGUAUCAAACACAGUCCACGUGCAGUUUGCUGACAUCAGCCUUCAGGAUUUCUUUAUGUAAUUUCACAGUUUUCAAACCUCUCUCUCCUACGUGGAGCUGCCAGCAGCAGCGGUGACCUCGGGCAGCUUUAAAGAGCAAGAGGUCACCUGUCAGUUCUGCUGUCGUUCUGCACCUGAGUGUUUUCCAACAGAUCUUUACAAACAUUAUUUCAUGCCUUCGGAUCUGCAUCCAAAUCUCUCGGUUCACUCCCCCCCGCUUGGCUCGCUCCCUGAACGUGCCCGGGCUGCACGAUGCUGGCCGGAACAUGCCGAUCGUCUGGCUGCACCCCAUAAACAUGCCAAGAUGUGGAAGUUUGUUUGAUCAGAAUAUAAAUCCCUGACAGCAAAUCAUUCAUCAUUUCACGAUAUCUGGAAUAGUUUGUUCUUUUAAAAACAAAAGAAGCUGUGUGGUGCAGCUUGGAGCACGCACCUCUUCUCCUUCAUGUGGACAGUUCCUUUUAAGAACAUUUUGAAAUGUUUGACCCCGAUACAGAUGGGGCUCCUACUUCAGGCCUAAAAUAAACACAGCAAAACAUGCACGGUUUACUUGAAGUCUACAGAAGGGACUGGAGAAAGCAGAGAGGAGGGCAGGCAGGCAGGCAGGCAUGCUGGGUAUGUCCUGUUAUCUAAGAGGAAACAUGUCUCCAGCUCCUAAACAGGGCUGUUAAACUUCAGGAUGAACAAUGGAGUUGCCGGUUUGUUGGCAGUUGUCUGGGUUGAAAUGUUUUAUUGAAGUGAAUAAAGUCGGGUUUAAUCUGCUCUGAUGUUCGGAGCCCACUGAUUUACGUGUUAUCAAAAAAAUCAUCCCACAAAAUGUGUCAUAAAUAUUUAUCUGAAUAAACUGUACUGAAGAGUUGAUUUAUUGAAUAAAUUGUUCUGUUACUUA